AUGAAGUACUCUGCAGGUCUUCUGUCCCUAGCUACGGCUGCUACAGCCCAACAAGUACUUUACGGACAGUGUGGCGGACUGACCUGGACGGGUGCGACAACUUGUGUCUCUGGAGCGGUUUGCACAAAGUAUAACGACUACUACUCACAAUGUGUUCCAGGUAACACCACAACACGCGUCAGCUCAACAACCACUGCAGUGAGCAGUACCACAACAAAGGCCACUAGCACUUCCAAAACGUCGACAGCUGUGUCUACCGCCACAGGUAUCCCCAAGGUUGACGGAACUCUCUUCAACCUCGAUGGUGUCACCAAAUACUACCCAGGAACUAACAGCUACUGGAUCUCCUUUUUGACCAGCAACGAUGAUGUAGACUCCACUCUGGACGAUCUGGUCGACUCUGGAUUGAAGAUUCUGCGUAUCUGGGGAUUCAACGAUGUCAACUCUAUCCCGGCAUCAGGCACUGUCUACUUCCAGUACCUGUCUGCAAGCGGCUCGACUAUCAACACCGGCACCGACGGUCUGCAGCGUUUGGACUACAUCGUCUCUGCGGCCGAAGCCCGAGGUAUUAAGCUGAUAAUUCCAUUUGUCAACCAGUGGGAUGACUAUGGUGGUCUCUCGGCGUACGUCAACGCCUUUGGAGGCAGUAAGACUUCGUGGUACACCAACACCGCAGCGCAGGCUCAGUACCAGGCCUACAUCAAGGCCGUCGUCUCUAGGUUUACCAAAUCCCCCGCCAUUCUCGCCUGGGAGCUCGGCAACGAGCCCCGUUGCAAUGGCUGCGACACCAGUGUCAUCUACAAUUGGGCCAAGACCACCUCCCAAUACAUCAAGAGUCUUGACCCCAACCACUUGGUCACAACGGGUAUCGAGGGUUUCGGUCUGCCUGGUGAUGGUUCGUAUCCGUAUACAUACAACGAGGGCACCGACUUCGUCGCUCUGCUGAACAUCACGACUCUGGAUUUCGCCACCUUCCACCUGUACCCGAACUCCUGGGGUACAAGCUACGACUGGGGUAACGCCUGGGUCGAGACUCAUGGUGCUGCCUGUGCUGCCGCCAACAAGCCUUGUUUGUUUGAAGAAUAUGGCGCUCCCACAAACCACUGCGCCAUCGAGGCUCCUUGGCAAGAGACCGCACUUGCCACCGAUGGCAUUGCUUCCGAUCUCUUCUGGCAACUCGGCGUCACACUCAGCUGGGGCAAGACCAGCGACGAUGGAAACACCAUUUUCACCAACACUUCAGACUGGGAAUGUCUGGUCACAGAUCACGUGGCGGACAUCAACAGCGGUGCAUAG